AUGGGCGGUAAGAUCUGGCUGCCCCUUCCGGUGCUCUUCCUGGCCGCUGUGCCACCAGCGCUGCUGCCCGGAGCGGCCAGCUUCACGCCCUCCUUAGACAGCGACUUCACGUUUACCCUUCCGGCCGGCCAGAAGGAGUGUUUCUACCAGCCCAUGCCCCUGAAGGCCUCGCUGGAGAUCGAGUACCAAGUGUUAGAUGGAGCAGGAUUAGAUAUUGAUUUCCAUCUUGCCUCCCCGGAGGGUAAAACUUUAGUUUUUGAACAAAGAAAAUCAGAUGGAGUUCACACGGUAGAGACUGAAGUUGGUGACUACAUGUUCUGCUUUGACAAUACAUUCAGCACUGUUUCUGAGAAGGUGAUUUUCUUUGAAUUAAUCCUGGAUAACAUGGGAGAGCAGGAGCAAGAACAGGAUUGGAAGAAAUAUAUUACUGGCACAGAUGUGUUAGAUAUGAAACUGGAAGAUAUCUUGGAAUCCAUCAACAGCAUCAAGGCCAGAUUAAGCAAAAGUGGUCAUAUCCAGACUCUUCUUAGAGCAUUUGAAGCCCGUGAUCGAAAUAUACAAGAAAGCAAUUUUGAUAGAGUCAACUUCUGGUCUAUGGUUAACUUAGUGGUCAUGGUGGUGGUGUCAGCCAUUCAGGUUUAUAUGCUGAAGAGUCUAUUUGAAGAUAAGAGGAAAAGUAGAACUUAAAACUCCAAACAAGAGUACUUAACAUUGAAAACAGGUGGAAAAUGAGAUAAACUGUUACAGUCAAGGCCAUUAAUAGCUUUUCAAAAAUGUUUUAGACAUUUUAAGUGUGAAGCAAGUAUAAUUUAAUGUGGAAGUUUUCACUUUUGUCUGUGCAAAUCUUACUGAUCCAGUUGUACUUAUAACAAAUAUAGGUGUGAUUGAAUGAAGCCAUAUUAACUGUAUUUUCCUAAAUUUGAAAACAUCUUACAAAUGUCAUAGGUGAUUUAAAUAACUGAACUUUGGUCCUGCAUGCAACACCAAUCAAUCUGUUUUUAAAAAGGUUCUUUCACCCAGGAAUUUCUUUGUAAAUGUGGCAAUUACAAAAUAAGCUUUCAGUAUGUUAUGAAACAUGUGAGAAUUACCUAAUUAUGGCUUAAAUAUAUGUUUAGAAGACAAAGGCUCAACUUUUCUCUAUUUACAUAUGUACCUCUCCUAUAAUAUAAAUAGAAGCAUACCUUUGAAAAAGUUACAUUUUGGAGAUUUUUUAAACUAUAAAUGUUAUAUUUCAGUGUGAAAAUAUCAGUAAAAAGUAUUAGUUUUAUAUACUUAGCCUAAAUCCCAAAAGCUGACAUUUUGAUAACUAUUAAAAUGCAAAGUCAUACUUUCCUUGUUAAAAUCAGGAUAGAUUUUCCCUUUGAAGUAAAGAAUUCCAUCAAAAGUUUCUCAGUCUCCGUAAGGACACAUUCUGUCUAGCCCUUAACUAAGGUAUGGAAUUUCUUAAUGUGAGAGAAAAUAACAAUUUUAUUUUUAUAUUAUCUGUCAACAGUCUUAAUUUUGGUUGAUUAUUGACUUUCAUAAUACGUUACUAUCAGCAGUUGUGAAGGAAAUACUGCUGAAAGGAUCUGGGCCUAACAUAAUAAACAUCUCCUUUUCUGAGCUCUCAAAAUCAUCAGAAACAAAAAGAAUUCAGGUGUACUUGAGUCAUAUCUGAACAAAAUAAAGUUCACUUAAAACCACAGAACCAAAAAUAAAUGUAAUCUGAUGGGCUAAUCAUGACAAUCCACUCAAUAUAAGGCAGAGGAAAUGAAUUUCCAGUUAACUGGAAAAAAUUUUAUUUGGAUGUGAGUUUUGUUUUUUACAAUUAUUUGGUUUUGAAUUAUCUUUUAUAAGUAUUCAGGUACAUUAUUUGAAACUUAAGCCCUAUAGUAAGUUUCAGCACUGAGUGUACUCUUAUUAACAAUUUUUAUUAUAAUUUUAAUAAAUGUCCUUUUUGAUAAGUAUUUAUUGAUAUGGAAGUAAGGAUUGGAAAACUUCACAGAGUCCCAAGUUAUAAAUACCCAACAUGAAUAACCCACAAAUAUGUAAAAAGUCUUUGCCAUCCUAGCUUAUUGUAGUCUGUGGAGUCUUAUCCAAGUACUAGUAAUAUAGCUACAUCAUGAAUUAAAUAGAACUUCAGGUUAUACCCAUUUGUAAUAUUCUUUAGAAUAAAAUAUACUGCAUUUGAAACAAUCAGCUUACAAUACAUUUGGGUAUAGAACACAUUUGUAGGUUAAUACUGCUGAAAUUCUUGACAAGUAAUGAUAUCUAGAGACACAGUGAUGCAAAAAUAUAGUUCCCCUUUCUUAUAGUCCCUCAGGAGAAUAAAUGCUUAGAUUUCCCUAGCCUGGGGCUUUUAAAAAAUCAAGUAAAUACCAUGUGUUCGAUUAAUUUACCAAGAAAAUGCCUGAGGUGUUUUGGUGUAGCCCCUUGACAAGGGCCAAUAUUCUCCCCCUUCUGUUAGACUCAUAAAGAGAAGCAGCAUUGUAGUACCAUAACUAAUAAAGCAAGGUACAGAUAAAACUACUGAAACUUUUCUAUAAAACUGUGAUUAAGAAUUCUACCUCUUAUGUAUGGCUGAUUACUGUACUAUCGUUGCAUUUGUUAUAUCAUCUUCUACAUGUAUGAUUUGUGCCAUUGAUUUUACACCUAUGAUUUAAUAACUUCUUACCAUAUAAAAAUACUUCAUAAUGAAUGGCUUUAUUUGGGAAAAAGAAUUAAGAAUGUUAAGGGCAAUUUUAUUUUUAUAGACACAAGGUGAAAGGAGUGAGAUUAUUUAAAAAGUAUAGUAAAACCUGCGAGAGCCAGACUUGCGUAAGGUGGAAACCUGUCAAGAAGGAAAAUUCAAAUAUUUUCCACUAGUAGAAAGCAAAAGAGAAGUGGUAAGACUGCAUCCUGUCAUAGCAUGAAGACCUGCGAGACCCAGAAAAACAAGGCAGUCCCAUCGAGUUCCGGCUCUCAAAGGUUUCACUGUAUGUUACCUGUAUUUAAAAGAAAG